AUGCGUCUGCAGGUUCUGGUUCAUGGAGAGAUGGAGCCUGGGUGCCAGCGUGGUGGCUCUCCUACUCUUGCUGUCUGCUGCUUCUCAUGGAAGAGGAAUCAUGUAGCUGGCCGCAUUCUUGAUAUUCAGUCUGCCAUUUUUUUUAUUUCCUUUAUCACAGAGCUGCCUGUCAAGAACAGUGACCACAGUUUUAUCUACAAUCAUACUCUCGCAAAGACUCUUGUGGAAUAUGCAUCAGCGGUGUAUAUGACAGAUUUAACUGCUCUGUUUACGUGGACAUGCUCAAGAUGCAAUGACUUGACUCAAGGCUUCGAGAUGAGAUCUCUAAUUGUUGAUGUGGAAAACUGCUUGCAGGCAUUUGUUGGUGUAGCUCAUAAUCUGAAUUCGAUAAUCGUUGCAAUCAGGGGAACUCAAGAGAACAGUGUACAGAAUUGGAUAAAAGACUUGAUAUGGAAGCAGCUUGAUCUAAGUUAUCCAGGCAUGCCAAAUGCAAAGGUGCACAGUGGAUUUUUCUCCUCAUAUAACAAUACAAUUUUAAGUCUAGCUAUCACAAGUGCUGUGAACAAGGCAAGAGAAAUCAUAUGGAGACAUCAAUGUCAUAGUGACAGGCCAUUCAAUGGGAGGAGCUAUGGCUUCUUUUUUUGCUGCUACGAUCUUGCUAUGAAGCUUGGAAGUGACAGUGUGCAACUCAUGACUUUCGGGCAGCCUCGUGUUGGCAAUGCUGCAUUCGCCUCAUGCUUUGCCAAAUAUGUACCCAACACAAUUCGAGUGACACAUGGACAUGAUAUCGUGCCACAUUUGCCACCUUAUUUCUCCUUUCUUCCCCGGCUGACAUACCACCACUUCCCAAGAGAGGUAUGGGUCCAGGACUCUGAUGGCAACAUAACUGAACGGAUUUGUGACGACAGCGGUGAAGACCCAGAUUGUUGCAGGUGCCUCUCCAUGUUCAGCUUGAGGAUUCAGGAUCAUUUCACUUACCUAGGAGUCGAUAUGGAAGCGGACGAUUGGAGCACCUGUAGAAUCAUCACAGCACAAAGCGUUAGGCAAUUCCAACAGGAGCUAGCCAGCAACAUCAUCAUGACAAAGCACGAUAUCGACGUCUCCAUUGUUGAACCUAGUGUACAAACAGAUCGGAGCAGUUCUAGUUAG